AUGAAUCGAUCCAUAGAACAAACGCUCCUCUCGCUGAUGCCAACUCACGGCUCAGCUCUGCCGCCUUCCCUGGUAGAACUCGCGGGGUCCUUACUAGCACAGUCAAGACACCGAGCAAGCACAUUAAAAGCAGACGAGGAAAUCGGGCGGCUAUACGCAUGCGCUCACAUCGCCUGCGAUAGACUCAAAAUCAGCCUAGACCUCCCCCCAAUCGAACCCCGACCGCCAAUCCCCCCUCGAAUCUACAAGCGCCUCUACAGCCACCUCGACAACAUCCUCCCCAACACAGCCCUCAACCGCACCCCAGGCAAGAACGGCACCCCGCGCAACAGGCAACGCCACGGCGUCGACUCCCCCGUCAGGACACCGCACCGCCCGACCCCGACAAAGGACAGAUCCCUCGCGCAGUUCCGAACCGGCGGCAACUCGGCGGCAAACGGCAGCGUCCCCAACACCCCGACGAAAUCCACAGGCAAAGUCGCCUACCCGUCCGACAAGUCGGGCCUCCACUUUUGGAUCCAGCCGACGAUCCGCCUCAUGUGCAGGGAAACUAACCAGAAGCACCUGGCACCGACGAUGCUGGCUGGCAUGGAGUACGUCGUCGUCCCCGGCGGGCUGCGGACGCGUGACGCCUGGGUGCGGGAGAACCUGGCCGCGCUGUGCGGCGCCGUGUAUUUCUUUGUGGCGCAGCAGGUCCGGAAGCUGGCGACGGGGGAGGAUGUGGAUCGGGAGAACUACGUCCCUGCACGGAAGCAGGUGCUGGAGCUUUUGGCCAAGGCGAGGGAGGAAGUUGAUGCGCGCGGGUUGGACGAGGAUGAGGCGUGGGAGGGGUGGGCGCCGGUCAAGAGCAAGGACUUUGAUGCUGCGGUGAAGGAGGUCUCGGAGCGGGGAUGGUUGGACGCGGAUUGGUAUCGUAGUUUGGGGGAUGUGAUUGAGGCGGGCCAUGUGAUUGCUGAUAGCCAUGGUCGGGGAGGGGAUAAUGCGGGUGCGUACAAGGCGCCUGUACGCGGGGCGGACACAAUGUUUCUGGAGCGGUAUGAUUUCUUGAGCGAGAAGAAGCGCAGGGAUUACAGAAUAUGGAAGGAGAGUAUCCUGAGGAGGAUAGACUUGAUGGAGGAGGAAAAUGGUGAUGCCAUGGAGGUAGAUGGCUAG